CUUUGUAGAUAAAUCACGGUUCUGCGUCCUAGCAGUCCCCACCAGUCUCAAGAUUGCAAUCCUCAUCAAUCAUAAUACCAUCUUUGAAACUGUUUUUCGAUCCCCUUUCCUUCAAGCAGUUAUCAUGCCGACCCACCAAGACAACACGGAUGCAGUAUCCAUUGCCGAGAAGCAGGACGGCAAGAUGUUCGAGACAUCCCUCGACCACGUCCCAAGUCAUGCAAACGGAACAGUCGCAACUAUCGAUGGUAUUGAUCCUGCGACUCUACACAACGACGAAGUGAUCACUCAGGCGAUCCAGGCCAUUGGCUUCGGCAAGUUCCAAUGGCAGCUAACCUUCUCCUGUGGUUUCGGUUUCCUAGUCGACCAGAUGGUACUUGUCUCUAUUAGUCUUGUCACGCCUCAAGCAGCCAUGGAGUUCGGUCCUCGAUACGCAACUCUCCUAUCUGCAUCUUCGUAUGCUGGCUUACUCGUCGGUGCUCUGUUUCUUGGUACACUGGCCGAUAAUAUCGGUCGCAGAUUAGUCUGGCAGGCAUCUAUCUUUGGAUGCUCCAUCUUGACCACCAUUGCUGCUUGUUCACCUAGUUGGGCUGCCUUGAAUGUCUUUGUGGCUUUGAUUGGAUUGUUUGCUGGCGGCAACCUGGCUAUCGAUUUGACCCUUCUGGCGGAAGCAAUUCCCCAAGAAUGGUCAUUCAUCCUUUCAAGUCUCGCUGGAAUCUGGGGCCUCGGGAAUGCUGUCACGGGACUUAUUGCCUGGCCUCUCCUCGUCAACUUCGGAUGUCCCAGCGGCUCAACCCCCGACAAUUGUAGCCGCGGCGAUAACAUGGGCUGGCGAUACCUUUAUAUUACGCUAGGUGGACUAUGCCUCGUCAUGUCGCUUAUCCGAGCUUUCGUCCUACGAUCCCUUGAAUCUCCCCGCUGGCUCGUAUCUUGUGGAAAGAUGCAAGAGGCCGCCGAAGUCAUCAACCAUAUCAGCAGAAUGAACAAGUCAGAUUAUCACGUCACUGGUGAUAACUUCCUGCAGCCUGAGCAGGAGAAGGCUGAUGGUGAGGUGAGGUCCUGGCGUGCGAAUAUUGAUCGAGCUUCAAGACUCUUUUCUGGUGCUAAGCAGAUACGUUUGAUGGUUGGUCUCAUUAUGAUCUGGGCUCUAAUCGGAAUUGCAUAUCCACUUUACACCAUCUUUCUACCAUACUAUCUAGCAGCUCACGGUGCCAACUUUGGCGAAACAAGUAACUACAUCACAUAUCGCGACUGGACCGUCUCCUCAAUCGUCGGUAUCUUCGGCCCCCUCCUCAGCACAAUCCUCGUAUCAUCACGCUACUUCAAGUCCAAACGCUCAAUGCUCUUAACCGGUUCUUCAGGUUCAGAAUCGUGGGCUUGGUAUGGGGUUGCUUAUGGCGGUGGGGAGGAUGGCGUCGCUUAG